AUACUACGCAUAUCUUCAGCAAGCUCAAGCUUUUUACGCAUUUCCGUUCCAUCAAAUGAUGACUGCAGCGCCUAACAUGGAAACCAUGACUGAGCAGCCGACUCUAGAGGGCAUUCCAGAGCCAAACAUUGCUCAGGAGCCUCCAAAAGAAGUUAAAAAAGGAGGAAGGAAAAGAAAAGCCAAAGCAACUGAGCCAAAGCAACCCAAAAAGCCUGCUGCUAAAAAAGAAAAAUCAGCCAAGUCAAAAGGCAAACAAGAAAAGAUCACAGAUACUUUUAAAGUCAAAAGAAAAGUGGACCGUUUUAAUGGUGUAUCUGAAGCUGAACUUCUGACCAAGACUUUACCUGAUAUUUUAACCUUUGAUCUGGACAUUGUAAUAAUUGGCAUAAACCCUGGCUUGAUGGCAGCUUACAAAGGACAUCAUUACCCUGGACCUGGAAACCAUUUUUGGAAGUGUCUGUUCAUGUCUGGUCUAAGUAAUGAACAGCUGAACCAUAUGGAUGACCACACCUUGCCACAUAAAUAUGGGAUUGGAUUUACAAACAUGGUUGAAAGGACAACACCUGGAAGCAAAGACCUCUCCAGCAAAGAGUUUCGGGAAGGAGGGCGAAUUCUGAUGCAGAAGUUACAAAAGUAUAAACCUCGUAUAGCAGCUUUCAAUGGAAAAUGUAUUUAUGAAAUUUUUAGUAAAGAAGUUUUUGGAAUAAAAGUUAAGAACUUGGAGUUUGGACUGCAGCCACACAAGGUGCCAGAUACAGAAACUCUCUGCUAUGUUAUGCCAUCAUCCAGUGCAAGAUGCGCUCAGUUUCCUCGUGCACAAGAUAAAGUUCAUUAUUACAUAAAGCUGAAAGACUUAAGGGAUCAACUGAAAGGCAUUGCACCAAACACAGAGGUGCAGGAGGUGCAGUACACGUUUGACUUACAACUUGCACAAGAGGAUGCUAAAAAGAUGGCUGUCAAAGAAGAAAAAUACGAUCCAGGUUACGAAGCAGCGUAUGGAGGAGCUUACUGUGAUCGUGCACCGUAUGAAAGUGAACAGUGCAAUUUCUCUUCAAAUGGAACUGCAGCGAGCAAUCCACAGUACUGUGAGGGGUCGUCCUUCGGUGAGGUUCCUAAUGGACAGUGGAUGACACAGUCCUUUGCAGACCAGAUUCCAGAGUUCAGUGCUGGUAUGACACAGGAAGAAGAGGGGAGCAGUGCGUAAGAGCUGUUCCUUCUCGGCUAUGCAUACAUGCUGCAGUUUUAAUGCAGUGAUCAAGAUUGGUACCUCGGUUCUCCAACUGAAGCAUUUUAAUAGUAUUUUAUCUCCCCUAGUUAUUUUAUUAUAGUCCAAAGUAAGUGUGUGGUAGGCUCAAAUCAAUGAACUAGAUAAUUUUAAGGAACUGUCCAAACUUUUUUAAAAAAAGUUAGCCCUUUUUUUGUAUAUGAGUUUUAUAUUUAAUGUAUACCAUUUCUUGCAGUUUUGGACAAAUUGCUUUCUCAUUUGUGAAGG